CACCUCCUCUCCACUUUUUCACAAUCCCAAUCUCUCACCAUUUCCAAUUUUUCUCAUCGAUAUGGGUUCGUAUCGAUCUCUUGUAUCCAUGGUGGUCCUUCUCUUCAUGUUCUUAGCCUUCUCGUCGGCGUUAGACAUGUCGAUCAUCAGCUACGACUCAAAGCACAGCGACAAAGCCAGUUGGAGGACCGACGACGAAGUGAUGACCAUGUACGAGUCCUGGCUCGUCAAGCACGCCAAGGUUUACAACGCCUUGGGUGAGAAAGAGAAGAGGUUUCAGAUCUUCAAGGACAACCUCCGCUUCAUCGACGACCACAACGCCGCCGAGGACCGGACCUACAAGCUCGGUCUGAACCGUUUCGCCGAUCUGACCAACGAGGAGUACCGGUCCAUGUACUUGGGGGCCAAGCGGAGGGUGUCGGCUCCCAAGACGAGCGACCGAUAUGUUCCAUUCGUCGGCGAAAGCUUGCCGGACUCCGUCGAUUGGAGGGAAAAAGGGGCCGUCGUUGGAGUCAAAGACCAAGGACAGUGUGGGAGUUGCUGGGCGUUCUCAACUAUUGCUGCCGUUGAGGGGAUAAACAAGAUAGUGACCGGAGAUUUGAUGUCGUUGUCGGAGCAAGAGUUGGUGGAUUGUGAUACAUCCUACAAUGAAGGAUGCAAUGGGGGUCUCAUGGACUAUGCUUUUGAGUUCAUCAUCAACAAUGGUGGAAUUGAUACUGAAGAUGAUUACCCCUAUAAAGCUAGAGAUUCCAUAUGCGACCAGUAUAGGAAAAAUGCCAAGGUUGUUACCAUUGAUGGUUAUGAAGAUGUUCCUCCAAAUGACGAGAAGGCAUUGCAGAAGGCAGUGGCAAGUCAACCCGUGAGUGUUGCUAUUGAAGGCGGUGGCCGGGAAUUCCAAUUAUAUAUCUCGGGUGUAUUCACGGGAAAAUGUGGGACACAACUUGACCAUGGUGUCGCAGCAGUUGGAUAUGGCACAGAAAAUGGUGUGGACUACUGGAUUGUGAGGAACUCUUGGGGCGCAAGCUGGGGUGAGAAUGGCUACAUAAGGAUGGAGCGUAAUACGGCUACUGCACUAACAGGCAAAUGUGGAAUCGCGAUGGAGCCCUCUUACCCCAUCAAGAAGGGCCAAAAUCCCCCCAACCCCGGCCCAUCCCCUCCAUCUCCAAUUAAGCCUCCCAAUAUGUGCGACGAAUACUAUGAAUGUGCUGAAAGCAGCACUUGCUGCUGUGUCUUUGAAUUCGGCAAGUAUUGCUUCCAGUGGGGAUGCUGCCCACUCCAGGGUGCCACCUGCUGUGAUGACCAUGCCAGUUGCUGCCCUCAUGAAUACCCUGUAUGCAAUGUUGGCUCCGGGACCUGCCUGAUGAGCAAGGACAAUCCAUUGGGAGUGAAGGCGUUGAAGCGCGUUCCCGCUAAACCUCAUUGGCCAUUCGGGAGUGGAAAGAGCAGCAGUGCUUGACUGCGUUGGGAGUAGAAGAUGGUUGAAAGACUUGAAGGAUGAUUGAUGAUCUCCUUAGUAUUAUUAUUAUACUGCAAAUCUCAUUUCCACCAUUAUAGAUGACAAAUAGAUGGAUGGUCUAGUGAUCAUGAUUCAGAUGCUGAUAUGUAUAUAAUGCUUUAUAAUUUCUGCGUUGAAUAUUUAUCAACAAAAAAAUUGUUGUCAAUUUCCAUUUUACUCAAAUUAUGUAUAUAAUGAUGCUUCAUGUUCCAGCUAUCUUUUGUAAGCCUUCCAUGAAUUGCUUCUCAUCAAAAUGUUGACUUUAGUGCAUUUGAUGAUAAUAACAUUUCAUUUUCUUUUCA